AUGUCUUCUAGAUCAAUUUGGAACCCAUUUGACCGACUGGUCUCGAACUACUACUUUCUCCGAUAUGGUGAUAACUUCCGAAAAGGACUUCUGAGGAGUAAGAACGGCGAUACGACGACCUUCAACGAAUGCGCGAAGAAAGAGUCAAGCAAAGACUGCUCGAUUCAGAAAAUGUGGAUUCAGAUUCCUUAUUUCUGCGGCCAAGUUGCAGCAUGCUGGGAGCCCGGAAGCCAGUGGGCUCUUGAUAGAGCGAAGCAAAACGUCCUCGAACACUAUUUUCUCGUGGGAAAGACCGAAAAUCUGAUAGAAUUUGUUGAACUCCUGGAGAACGAAAUUCCUGCAGUCUUCAAGUGUGUAGACUCGCGGCAAGCAAGCUGGGCGUCAAAAUUCCUCGACGCGGAAGUUAUGCAUCCUGACUCAUACUUCCAACUUUCUGGUCGCUGUUUCGAGUGGUCCCUUAUUGAGUUUCUUAGCCAUGACUUCUCUGUGGCAAACUACGCCUCAAAGUUAAAGUUUGCAGCUUUGGCGCAUUACUCAAACUUCUUCGCUUCUUUCGCUUGUUGGCCUCGAGAAAAGUCACUUGAAAUUGCGAGAACGAUCAGCAAACGAGAAAUCGCAAUUGUAAACUCUCUUCCUUCGAAGAAUUCUUCGACAACCACCGUCGACGGUCCAAAGACCGUUUUUCAGGAGGUCAGAAAGGAAUUCUGCGGGAGGCUUGAUAAAAUCGUCGAAAAAUACUUGAAUUUUCUUCUUUUACAAACUCAAACUGGUCGACAACAAGAUGGUCCCUCCGAUGGUCAAAAACAUCGAAUCCGAUUCAGUACACUAAGGACGAAAAGAUGCAACUGGUAA